AUGGAGACGACGGCUGCGGAUUUGACGAAAACGUUGCCACAUAGACUCACCUCUCCGUACUCGAAAUGUUUCAAUCGAGUGCCGAUUGUGAGCGUGCACGAGAAAGCGGACGAGAACGGAGGUUUAUCUUUAGUCGGUGAAACGCUCGUCGUCGGUGGGUGGGUGAAAACCGGUCGAGAAGCAGACGCCGGGAAGAUUUUGUUCUUAGAGGUGAACGACGGGUCCACGCCGCAGAGUUUACAAGUGGUCGUCUCGAGCGAGAUUUUUUCCUCUUCUGAAACGUCUUCUGGGGUGUCGUCGUUGGCGGAUAUGAGACCGACUGGGACGAGCGUGGUUAUCGAAGGCGAGAUCAAGUUGCCGCCGGAAACGGCCAAAGGGCAAGUGAUUGAGCUUCACGCGUCGAGAGUUCUCUCGGUCGGGAAGUGCGACGCGAGCACGUACCCGAUUGCAAAGAAGAAGCAAACUUUGGAGUAUUUGAGAGAUAAGAUUCACAUGAGACCGAGGACGAACACGAUUCAGUCCAUAGCGAGAGUUCGGAACGCUUUGGCGUUUGCCACGCACGAGUUUUUCAACCUGCACGGGUUUUGUUACGUGCACACGCCGUUGAUUACCAAGAGCGAUUGCGAAGGCGCCGGGGAGAUGUUUCAAGUGACGACAUUGUUGGGCGAGUGCGACGAGGAAGACGGGAAGAAGUUUACGAAGAGUUCCGUGGAAGAAGCGGUGGUGAUGGAGAAGAGAGCAGAAACGGCGGCGAUCGAGACGAAAAUCGCGGAGAUGAAACAGGAGGAGAAACCGUCGAAAUCGGGUUUGAAGGAACAGAACAAAAAAUUGGAACAAGCCAAGAAAGAUUUGAGCGAGUUGGAACGCAAGUUUCGUAAAGUUGGAGGUUUACAAAGGAGUGAUGAUGGAACGAUUGAUUAUUCCGAGGAUUUCUUCGGCGAGAAGACAUUUUUGACGGUUUCUGGUCAGUUAGCCGUGGAGACGUACGCGUGCGCUCUGAGCAACGUGUACACGUUUGGGCCGACGUUUCGCGCGGAGGAUUCAUACACGACGAGACAUCUCGCGGAGUUUUGGAUGAUUGAACCCGAGCUGGCAUUUGCGGAUUUGAACGACGACAUGCAGUGCGCGGAGGAUUACGUCAGACACUGCUGCAAAUAUUUGCUGAAAACGUGCAGAAAAGAUUUGGAGUUUUUUCAAAAGAUGUACGAUAAAAACUGCUUGGAACGCGUGGAAAACGUCGCGAACAAUCCGUUCGGGAGAGUUUCGUAUACCGAGGCUAUUGAGAUUUUAAAAGACGCCGUGGAAACGAAGAAGAAAGAAUUCGUGUACCCAGUCGAGUGGGGGAUCGAUUUGGCCACCGAACACGAGCGGUACUUGGCUGAAGAAGUGUACAAGAAACCGGUAGUGGUGUACAACUACCCGAAGGACAUCAAGGCGUUUUACAUGCGCUUAAAUCCGGACGGUAAAACCGUAGCUGCGAUGGACAUUUUGGUCCCAAAAGUUGGCGAACUCGUCGGUGGUUCCCAGCGCGAGGAGCGAUUGGACGUUUUGGAACAACGCAUGAAAGAUUGCGGCUUGGAGUUGGAGGAGUACAGCUGGUAUUUGGAUUUAAGACGGUACGGUUCGGUCACGCACUCUGGGUUUGGUCUCGGCUUUGAGCGUUUGAUUUUGUUCACCACGGGCAUGGAAAAUAUCAGAGACGUGAUUCCGUAUCCGAGAUGGCCGAAAAAUUGCUUAGAAGGGCAUUAA